ACGCGCUCUGUACACGCAACCCCCAUCGUCUGCAAGUAUGCGCGGUCACGGCGGAGGAAAACACACAAUGUACACGAAGGUGGCGUGAAUAUAUUGAUCAGUGGAUGUUUUACACGCAUCAGUCGCUGUUUUUGGGAGGAGGAACAUUCACAUGCAAGGUCAACAACUAACAGCUUACCUUCAACCCUUUCAGCCCAAGCAAGAGAUCAUCACUUGUGGAGAUGCAGCCAAUGUUGAUUGCUUAUUAAUGUUGGUAUGAAAGUGUCUAACCAACAAGAACACACUUUGAACAUUGGGAUUGUCCACUUAAUGUAUUGACCAUGCGUUCACAACAAAGUUUCAUGGCAUUUAUGAACAAGGACAAAGCUUUACCCAGGAAAGACAAUGAUCGCUUGUGUUGCACAAAAUGCAGAUUUUCAACAAAAGACAUUGACGUGUUUGGGAGGCAUGUGACUCACCAUGAAGAGGUGACUUUCUCAUGUGCGCUCUGCAGCCACGUCUCCUAUUCUAAAACAGAGUCUCAGAAGCACGUCGUCACACAUACUGGCUCGUACCCAUACAGGUGUAGAUUCUGCUCCUAUGGAGCUGUGCGGAGAGACUACAUGGUGAAGCACAUUCAGCGUGUACACAAGAGUCAUGCAGAAGAAAGCUUCUUAAUGGAUUUUGCCUUAACCAAUCCGACUUGUGAACAACCCCCUCUCUCUGACACACACAGGAGUGCUGUUUGGUCUGAGAGAAAUGAGCAAUGUGUGAUUCCCAACACAGCUGGUCAAUCGAAAGCAAAUGCACAUGUCGAGUACCCUAGUAGAAGUCAACCCAGUGGCAGUAUAUCAUCUGUUAUUGGUAAAUCAGUGAGCCAAACCAGGAAGAAACAGGCCCGUAUGACCUGUAGUACGUCAAUGCAGUGCGUCACCAACACAACACCUUUCAUUCCCGUUGCUAAGUCACAGUUCACAGGUUCUGUUUCUAGCAUAAAUAACUCGGUCAGCAACUCUUUGCAAGUGCUUCUAAAAUCACGAGAGGAAAAUGGCAAUCUAUCAAAUGCUGUGCUCAGUGGAGAUGGUCAAAAUAGAAAAACAAUUGCAGAAAAGCCCAUUCAGAAAGCUGCAUUCCCAAGAAUCCACACUGGUGGUACAGAAUCACUUGUGCAAGGUCAAAAGGUAAUCCAAUCAAAGGUUGUUCCCAGAAUCCAGGUGACAUUACCUGCUGAAGUUAACACCCCUCUCAGACCGCUUCUUAAUGCGCCAGUGGGAGCAUUAUACCAGAGGAGCGUUCCAGUCCACAAUGUUCAAACUGAUCAGAGGGCCAGUCAGACCACAACAGGGACAAACAUUCUGACAGCACAGAAAAGGAGUUUGGUUGCAGGACGUCCCAACGGUCCAAUCAGACCUUCUGAAAGAGGUCCAUUGCCCUCCAUACAGAAGGCACAAACUGCAGAAAACGGCAAUCAGCCCAAAGUAGGAUCGUCAGCUGAGAAGUCAAGUCAUCUAUCCAAUGUACAAGUGGAACUGUUAGCACCUUUGAACCAGCCGAUUCAACACAACAAGCCCUUGACUGUAUCAUGCCCAGAGGAGAUCAAUAUUCCUGCAGGCUGUUUGGUUGAAUUAGUUGAGGUGAAAAAUGUCAAUGGGACUCGAGAGCUGGAGCUACGGAUGAUCCCACCCAACGGACUUCCACAAGACCUGAGGAGCACUGUGAACGGACCUUCACCAGUUGCUACCACAGGCAAGCUUUCGUUCAAAUGUCAAGUUGCUGCUGCCAAGGGGUGUACAGUCAGUCCAUCAAAGUCUUUAACAUCUUACAAGGCAAAACAGCAGCCACGUUUAGCAUGCACUGCUGUUCAGAGCACCACAAAAACAGUUCAUCCUCAAUACAAACCUCCAUGUUCUUCAGGAACAGCGGCCCAAAGCCUGAACAAGCUGAACCUGAAACCCAACGGUACUGUGUUCAAACCCUCAGUGGCACUUCAUGACAUUGUCACGCUUGAGGGUACAGAAUUGAGUUCUGGAGGCCUUCCAGUGAUUUCUUCAGUUUAUUCUCUCUGUCCUACACCUGCAUCAUCGCAAAGUAUCUCUCAAUCCAUGCCAGAACAUCUCAGCAGGUCCUUGCAAACAAAUGGACCUGUAAUCAAGCUACAGGGAGAGUUCAAAAUGCUUUCAGAUCCUGAAUGUGUACUGAUAGGAACAAAAAAUUCCAAGGAUUACAUGAAGACAACAGAGCAGUCAGUUGUCUGUAGUUUUAUGAUUAAAAAUGAGGAGGAAUCUGAGGAGAAAUACAAAGUGGACGUGUUGGGGCUCAAAGAAACAAAGACAGACCAUGAGUGUAUUGAAGAAGCCGUGAUAUUUCAGACUCGCAGUGAAGAUAAACUUGUGCUUGGAAAAGCAGGGGUCAUGUUUGAGAAAUGUUCCAAUCCAAACACAAAUUAUUUGAAAGAAACCAAUGUUUUGCAAGAAAGUUCAAAAAUUAUGAGUCCUUUGACAGUUGCUCAACCAUCGGUUAUGCCAAAGCAGGGCAAAGGGAACAUUUCAAAGCAGGGCAAGGACAACAUUUCAGAUCAGAACAUGGGAAAUGCUGAAUCUGGGAGCGACAUUGAUGGCCAACAAUGUUCCCAAAGUUCCCAAGCUUCCCUCAUGUAUCCUAAAGUAUCUUUGGUGAGGAUUCCCAAUUCACUGUUCAAACCCACGAAGAACCCAGAGGUACCGACACAGGAGCAGAGUUUGACGGCACGACCUGUUCUCUGCUGCAUGCGAAUCGAGAGGAAUGUGUCUAGUGGUCCUGAAGGAGCCAUUAAGCUGAUAUUAAAGAGAGAUUUCCCUGAAAGUAAAGAGAAGAACCAAGACUAUGAUGCACCUCCACGUAAGAAACAUAAAAAGGGAAAACGGAAAACAAAAAAACACAAGUCAUCAUGGGGUGUGAUGGGCUGCCAUUAUUUCUUGACUAAAGGUCAUGGACAACUGAGGUUAACUCCUCUGAAAGAAGAUCAGCUUGUCAAGCUUCCUGGUCCAAACCAACCUGUUGUGGUUCUGAAUCAUCCAAAACCUUCAGUUCAAAUGGUCAAUCUUGGUGUCCAAUCCCUGAAGAACUUUAAGUGGAUACACUCGGCUCCUCACACGCAGGGAAAAAUGGAAGAACCAGCAAGCAAACAGCCGUCAUUCAAGAUGAAACUGAGGAAAGUUCAGGGACAGAAGUAUCAAGUCAUCGAGUUUGUUCUGAGAGGGGUCACAGAAAAACUGCUCUUGUGAACAUCAAAUUUCCCUUCUAGAAUUCACUUUUGUUUCAUACUUGUUGCAAUUUUUAUAAGUGUAAUUUUAAAUCCUACUUGUGUACAGUUGUGUACAGGUCAAUUUGUAUUUAUAUGCCACUAAAGUAUUUUUUGGUUUGUUUUAAAUUCUUUUCAAGAAAGCUAUCAUUAUCACUGGAAAACUCUAAAAGUAUUGUUGCCAUCCCUGUUUGUUUGAUUGUCCGAAUGUAAACUAUCAUUCUUAAGAACAGCUCACACUGCCCCAAUAAAUGCCAACAUUCUAAGGCCACAUCCACACUAAUUUUUUCAAGUUUGAAACCAAAGUAGACAUAGUGGAGAUCAUUUUCAAAGGUCUCUGGUUCAUUGGAGGAAAAUGCUAUCCCAGUGUGGAUGAAGCCUAAAGUUGGCUGUUGGAUUUAGAAUGUUGAGAAGCAAACCUUUCAUUGUCACACUGUUUCAAACAAACUCCAACAGGGAUUGUUGUGACAGUGUGAAUUGGCUGUUAAUGUCAAAGUUUUCAUGUUGAUUCAGAUAUUGGGAAAUGUGUUCGAGAAGAGUUGAGGUCUCAGCCUGAAACACGUCAUUCAAAGGUGUAUGCCGAAAAAGACUGAUUUUUAGAUCCUCUUUGAAGCCGGUGUCACACUAGCUAAUUUUCCAAAGAUUUUCAGGUGUAAGCUUCAUUAACCAUUAGGUGAGAGAUGGAGCGAGGAUUAGCAUCUGCCAGUGGGAGGUCGUUAAUCCCUUAACCGUCGGGAAUCCCUGCUGAGUUAAUGGUUCCAACAUCUGGAAAAGCACAUAAAAAUGGUUCUAAUAAAGUUGUUCUGUUGCCAAGGCAGGAUCUUGUGUUCUAGUCAAGUGACUAGUGAGCUUCUUCUGAAGAAAUGAUAAGACGUCAUGCUGAUCUGAACAUUUUUAUCAGUGAUUGCACUCAGUCACAUAUCGUCACAAAUGCAUUGUGUUUUUCCUGGGGUUCUCCUACACUAAAAUGACUAAUGAAACAAGCAGAGGCACUACAGUCUGUUUUUAUUGAAGGUAAUGUAUUUACUAAAAGCUGUACAGCAUAUGGACAUACGCAUUCUACGGCAAGCCUCGAGGGGAUAAAUACAUAAUCACAGACUCUCAAAAGGUAAAGUCACCCCAUGAAUCGCAUCUUAAAUCACUCUUGCAAUUGUUUAUGCUCAUGCGGUGCUCCUGUUAAUAUUUCGGGGAGCUUCACGUGACGGGGAAUCGGAGAGUUGUGGUGAGUCGGUAUGUUUGUCACCCCUCCACCAUUCUUAAUCGGCAAGUGUGUCGUACCUCUGCCUGAAGUGAGCGAGAUCUCAGUAAAACAGUCGUGUGACACUCCUGGCCAAAAUCCAGUUGUUUGGAGACUGCUGGUGUGACGGUGGCUUUAGGUGGACAUUGUUAGUUCAGAACUGAAUCGACAUUUUCUCAGAUAAUAUAUAAUUAGACGGAGCAUAUUUUAGCUAUGAUGGUUGUCAACUAGUUGGGUAAACAAAUAACUAAAAGUUGUUUGGGGGAUUUUCUCCCCAAUUUGGCAUGCCCAAUUCCCAAUGCGUGUGGCGGAGGAUAAAUCUCAGUUGCAUCCGAGACCGUCAAUCCAUGCAUCUUAUCAUGUGGCUUGUUGAGUGCAUUACCACGGAGACCUAGUGCAUGUGGAGGCUUCAUGCUAUUCCCUGUGGCAUCCACGCACAACUUGCCACGCAUCCCACUGAGAGCGAGAACCACAUUAUAGCGACCACGAGGAGGUUACCCCAUGUGACUCUACCCUCCCUAGCAACUGGGCCAAUUUGGUUGCUUAGGAAGCCUGACUGGAGUCACUCAGCAUGCCCUGGAUUUGAACUCGUGGCUCCAGGUGUGAUAGUCAGCGUCAAUACUCGCUGAGAUACCCAGGCUCAUUAACAUGAAAGUUUGAAUAAUUUUGAAAGAACGGAAGAAGUCUCACAUACUGUUCUAGCUUGCACAUCUUUAGCAACAAAACCUUCAGGCAUGUAGGCUUUUGACUGAAACAUUGCAAGAAAUUAUUUUCAAGUUCUGAAAAGUGUUUGCAGAUACCUGUAAGGGGCUAGAGGUGAGGGCGGGGUCAGAGCCUCGUCAGCCUGUCAGGACCAUGUGCAUCAUUGCAAAGAGAAUAUGCAGGACUUUCUUAAUGUACCUUCCUGUGACCACUUGGGUAUGAGAGGGGUUUUUGUUUGUUUAAAAACAUUUAUGAGAUUGUGAAAAUCAUCUGUGCCAAUAUGCUGUAGUAAUUAUAGAGAGGAUCAGAACUGCAGUCUGAUAUUAAAAGAAGAGGUUUAAACAUUGCACUAACACUGAUGUCUGCUAUACAAUGAUUUGUAUUCAUGUCGUGCUUGUCAUGGUCAUUUCAAACGGAAUAUAUUUAGAGGUUCACUAAUCUUCACAUGAAGGAAAUCACCUGAAGGUAAUACAUUGUUACUAAAAAUGAAAUCAUUUCAAACAUGUACUAUACAGUGAUGCUUAAGAAUAUAAUACGAAAAUAAGAGAAUCCACAAAUGCUCUGUACUCAUUUUGUUUGUUGGGUGAAGCUUUGUGUUUUGUGAAAUCCAAACGUCUGAUGUUGUGCUUAUUUUUAAACAAACUUUUGUCUGUAUUUGACUGUAUAUUGAGCAUUUCAGUGCAAACUACAGCAGAACUGUAGACUUAUAGCUUGUACAUACAAAAUAUUUCAGUUGUAAAGUGUACAGUCAUUAAACUGUUUAUGAUUUGUCAAACUUUUAACUCCCUUUUUAAGUCUACCUCAGAUGACCACACUAUUUUUUUAUUUAUUUUUUAAUCCCCUUUUCUCCCCAAUUUGGAAUGCCCAAUUCCCACUACUUAGUAGGUCCUUGUGGUGUAGGACAAGUCUCAGUUGCCUCCGCUUCUGAGACCGUCAAUCCAUGCAUCUUAUCACGUGACUCGUUGUGCAUGACACCGCGGAGACUCACAGCAUGUGGAGGCUCAUGCUACUCUCCACGAUCCACGCACAACUCACCACAUGCCCCAUUGAGAGCGAGAACCACUAAUUGUGACCACGAGGAGGUUACCCCAUGUGACCCUACCCUCCCUAGCAACCAGGCCAAUUUGGUUGCUUAGGAGACCCGGCUGGAGUCACUCAGCAUGCCCUGGAUUCAAACUCACGACUCCAGGGGUGAUAGUCAGCGUCAAGAUUCGCUGAGAUACCCAGGCCCCCUAGAUGACCUCAGUAUUAAACUUUUCACAUUUGACAUGUAAAGUUAAUGGCAUAUGCCUGUGUUGUAAAAUGUAACUUUAGAAUAUGUGUCUGGAUUUUAGAUUAACAUUGAGUUAAUGUCAGCCCAUAUGUAGUGCAUUGUCUAAAGCUUCAGAAGCAUAUCUGAUUUUAAAUGAUUAUUUUGACACCAAAAUGAUCAAAUUAUUGAUUUAUUUAACAUCCGAUGUCUUCAGCUGUAAAGUGUUCUGUACAUUUGAGUCUGUACCAGUCAAACAUCAUUAAAAGUCUUUGAAGUCUA